GGAUCAGCUGCAGCAGGGCAUCACCAAAGCCGACGAAGUGCUGAAAGAGGCUUCUGAGAUUUAUGAGGACAGGGAGCAAUUCCAAGCUGACCAACGGAUUGCAGAGAUUGAGUCUCGAAAGAAAAUGGUUGCUUGGUUCAACUUAAUUUUGACAGAAUGCACAGCGAUGUUCUUCCUUUCUCAUCUGAUGCUGAUGAUAGUUGAGGUUGAGAUUGCAUCCCACAAGUCAGCAAAACCAGCGGACAUUGAUGCACAGGAAUCUGAACUUUGGAAGAUGAUGAAAGGAGAUCCUUACUUUUCAUCUCUUCCAGAUUUGGAGCAAAGCGAAGUUCAAACUCUUGGUCAUCUAGAGUCAACUCGAGACACCGCUGAGCUUUUGCCGGACAUUGACUCAGUCAUGGCAACCUUUGAGCUGCACACAAGAGCACUGGCCCGUCUGACAGCUGUCGGAACUUCAUUGGUUACAGCAGCCACUGAAUGGAAAUCGAGCCGCAAGGCUAUCAAAAAGGCAUUGGAACUGGAAC